CCGACAUGCGGGACUCCACCCCCACCUUGUUUCUUCAGUUGCGACGGAGGAGCUUUGCCUUAAACUCAAGCCCCUCCCCGCCCUUUCUUCCUUCUCUGCUCGACAUCCUUCCACCUUUUCUUCGCGAAUCUGUCUGUUCCUUCCCCGAUUUCCCAGUCUUCAGCGCUGCGUGAAGCCGCCCCCCACCCCUGCACCAUUCGGUGGUCAGUUCGAGCAGUGGCCGGACAGACAUCCCCAAUCCGAGCCCCUACCAGUGGGUACUCUUCUGAAGAGGCUCAGUUUGCGAUUUCCCACUUCCAUAUCGAAGUGAAAGUUGUUGGUAUAGCUCGGUAGCAGAGAUGGCUCCCAAGGGUGAAGGCAUAGUUGAGUGGACUAAUGAUCUGGAGAGUGCUUUCAUUGAGAUCAUGCUUGAUAAGUUUGAAAGGACACAUACAUCAUCUUGGAAAGGGAGAGACUGGGAAAAGAUGAAUAAGGAACUGGAAGAGCAAUUUCCUGGCGUGAUUCUCGGCGCUGAAAAGCUGAAACAGAAAGCACGAAGGUUGAAGAUCCAAUACAAUCAGUUCACCGAGCUCAUUGAGCACACUGGUGUCGGUUGGGAUGGCCUAACCAACACAGUAAAGGCGAGUCCCGAUGUUUGGGACAAGUUUAUCAAGAGGAACAGCAACUUCAGGACUUUUCGGUCCAAAGGCUGCAAGCAUUAUGACGCCUUAAAAACUCUGUUCAAAGCUUCGACAGCAACAGGUGCCCUACGAAUUUCAUCCACCGACCCACCUAAGGGCCUCAGAACUUGUGAACGUGUGGAAGAGCAAUUUCUAGCAGCACCGAACAGCCGUGGGGAAGAACCAAUCGAUCUUGAAGAGGGCUCUGGCGAUAGUGAUGACCCGGUUCAUGAGGUUGAUGAACCAGUCGUUACAGCGUCUAGGCGUCAAGUGAGGAAAAGAAGUUCCAACACCGACUCGCUGUUGCAGGAGUGCAUCGACUUGUUCAAGCAUAGUAUGAACAAGAAGAAGAAAGCGAAAAAGUGUACCCCUUCGAAAACAAAGAGAAGCAAAUCCGUGACGAGCCCUGAGAAACCAGCGAUGCACAGCAUCGAGGCAGCCAUGGCUGUGCUCAAUGAAAUGUGGGGUACAAUUUCCAUAGACGAGUAUCUCGCUGGUAGUGCGCGUAUUGCGGAGCAUGAGAACUGGCGCCGUGCGUUCAUGUGCUUUUACGAUGGCGCUAGGCGGGAAUGGCUGCGUCGCCUUGUUGGCCCUUGAGCGGGCGUGGUUCCUCCUCAUAUGUGUUUGUUAUAUACUUUUUUGUUUUUCUAUUAUGAUAUUAACCAAACCCUUAUUUUGUAUUUGUUGAGUUUGAACCUGCUUCGCUUGGAUUGAUUUAAUCUGCUUUAUGUGACUAUCUGUGAUGUGUCUUUUUAUGGUUUCGAUUGUUGUUGCAUUUGUUUUAUGAUUGAAACCUUCUUCCCUUCA